CUUGUUCUAGAAUAUUUCGUCAUGGGGAAUACCCAUCUCGAAUUUCCUGCCAGUUUAAAUCACGUGAAUCAUCGAAGGUCAAAAGGGAUCAAAGGAAAUAACAUGUCCGCUGUGACACCAUUAAACGCAUUGUACAAAACUGUUGUCUAAUAUAAAAGAAUGGUAGGACUGUCACGUAAUCAAAUGUUUUUGUAUUUGUGAUUGCAUCUCUGCAUGAUACAACUUUCUGUACGGCUAAUUUCGAUAACUAUGACAGAUGAAGCGAUUCGUUGUUUAAUUUGAGGAUAUCAUCUAGGAAAGAAUUGGUCAUCACUUAUUCAACAAGACACCCAGAGCCUAGAAUACUUUUUUCUUGAAUUGCUUUUCUGCAAAAUGGCGUCUGGAUUCUCUACAAAUGAAUUGUGCGAAGAGGAAGGAUGUAAACGAAAUAGUCAGCUCGUAUGCGCUUUAUCAGAAAAACGACGGCUAUGCCAACAGUGUGCCUCCAAGAAAAUUACCGAAGAAGGUGAAGCGUCAUGGGCGUGUAAGAAGCAUGCGGAACCUAUUAAGUUCUACUGCGUGCAACACAAUGUUCUACUCUGCCAGUCCUGUGCCACCGUAGCCCACCAGAAGCCUUGCGAUUUGAAAGAUGUCGAGGAUGCCGUGAAAGAGUUUAAAGAGAAACUGAAAGAUGUUCUACCAGCUGUUAAGGACAGAAUACCAGUCUGGCACAAGCACAUGAAGACUGUUUUAGAAACAUCUAGUGAUAUUCAUGUCCAUUUUGAUAAUGUUGAAAGUCAAAUCCGAGCCCACUUUGAACAUGAAAAGGAAGCUGAAAGAAAUAGAUCAUCGGAGAAGGAUGUUGCAAUAACUGAAGAGUCGGAACGAAAGAUACAGAUCAUACACAAACAGCGCGAUGAGGAAUUGAAAAGGAACAUGGAAGACCUACAGGUUCGUGAGCAAGAGCUUGAAAAAAAGCUGGACAGCAUUGUUGGUGAAUUGAAUGGCAUUAGAAAGGUAGUGACAGAAGAGAUGAAAGAAAUAACAGAGAGAUCAAAAGAUGUCUUAGAAAGGUUAGAUGAGUCGCGCGAAGGAAUUGAACACGUUCUCCUGAGUGACCAGGAACUGUGUGUCCGUGCGAAAGAAUUACUCAAAACAGCGAAUGACGGCUUACAUUGUGAUACAGGGGCAAACUCAUUGCAGCAGGUGUCUACCGCGGCUCGUGAAGUAAAAUUUGUCAAGAGGCAAAGAGAAAAUGCUGUACCAUUUUACAGAAUUGAUGGAUUUCGUGGAAGAUGGGAAGUGGUAGAUACUGUCGAUAUUCCGAAGAAUGUUAAAUUGCCAAGUCUGGUUGGUUGUGUCGGAGAAGGAUCUGCAGCCAUACGUGAUAACCGAUCGGGUGACUUGUACCUAGCAAAUCUGAAAACCAAAGCAGCCGAAAAGAUUCUUGAGAGUAGACCUACACACGGUGCAGUUGUCUCAUGCGUAUCUCUCGAUGACAAAACAACUGUUUGUGGAAAGGCCAGGAAGGGUGACUUUGCCGACUGCGUAUCUUUCUACGAUGCAGACUGGAAGCUUAUUCACGAGCAGGAAACGUCGCGAACCGAAGAUCCUAGAGGUGGAACAAAACGGGUCUUUGUGGACGUCGACUGUAAAGGAAUGAUCCUCGCUGCUGAUUUCAUGGCAUCAGACGUAAAUAUCAUAAACCCAUCCAAUUUUAAGAAAGAUGUCGAAGGAGGUAUUGUUGGGACCAUACCCAUCAAAGAUAAGAUGAGCGCUGAGGGUUUUCGAUCCCUUUCAUCAGGAGACAUAGUCGUGAAAUCUGGGUAUGGAGGCCUGAGCGUGAUAGACAGAUCGGGUGAGGUUAAAAACUUCAUCCAAGAUUAUGAGUGGGGGUCUACGGAGUUCUGCGUCGACUCCAUGACAGACGCCCUCUACGUUGUCUAUAAGGAUCCCGAGAAGAUGAUGUAUGCUGUUGAUCAGGUCUGUGCUGAAAGUGGUGUGGUAUUCAGGAAGAUCCUGGAGUACCCUAUGUCAGUGAGUACAAAUCACUCACAGACUCAAAGAUGUACUGUAACCCCUUCAGGAAUUAUCAUUGCAUUUAACGGUGAAAGGAUAUUCCUCUUCAAGAAAUCUUUCACACUGUAGUGUCAAUUGGAAUAUCUCGUCGGAUUUUCAUGCGAUGCCUCAAAAUACGGCAUUACGUAUCAGAAAUUAGUGCUGAGUUAACGAAGGAAGUAAUGGCUUACCUCUCCCACAAACUCUAAAUCCGGCGAAAUAAUAUCUCAAGAGGCAAAAUAUCUUUUAUGGUUUUGAUACAUACUGUAAUUUCAUCGUGGUGUUUCAUAUAAGUAUAUUUCAUUUUUUAUAACAAUGUAAGCUGAUGAAUGUAAGUUUAGCAAUUUAUAUUGUAAAUAGUUUUUAUUGAGGUAAUGUAUAUUUAAAGGUCCUAUCACAAACUGUUA